GAUGAGAUAUCCGGUGCCACACAUGCAAUGGACUUACCGUUUGUUUUUGGUAUGGGUUUCACACCAGAAAUGUCUCACCUGUUCAGUGAUACCGACGCCCAGUUCAGUAGAGAUGUGAUGAGAAUUUGGACUAAUUUCGCAAAAUAUGGGUUCAUUGAAAUCAAACCGGACGAUAAAUGGCCGCAACUAUUGAGUGCUAAUAAUGUGCCAAAAGUGAAGAAUUUAAAUCCCGCCCCAACUCUACCACCAAUGGAUGACCCUGAGGACUGUUUGGUACUAAAUAUAUGGACACCUAAUGUGGGAAACAAUAGCUCAUCGAAACAAACAUCUCUAAAACCAGUCAUGUUUUGGAUACAUGGAGGGGGUCUUAGUAUUGGUUCGUGUGAUAUGUAUAACGGCGGUCCACUCGCUACCCAUGACGUGGUGUUUGUGGCCAUAAACUAUAGAUUAGCUCACUUUGGCUUCUUAUACGGCGAUCGGGAGGACGCGCCCGGAAAUCAGGGAUUUUAUGACCAGUUAUUAGCACUCAAAUGGGUGAGGGAAAAUAUUUACGCAUUUGGUGGGGAUAGGGAUCAGAUCACUAUAUUUGGUGAGAGCGCCGGUAGUUGGUCUGUAUCGGCACUCAUACUCUCUCCCCUAUCAAAGGGUUUAUUCAAGAGGGCUAUUAUGCAAAGUGGAGCCCAUUUGUACAACAAGGACAGGGAUGCUGUCAGUAAAUCCGAAGCCAUAGAAAUAGGCAAAAGUAUAGCAAAAGACUUGGGUUGUAAUGAAUCUGAAGAUUGGGUUCAGUUUUUAAGAAAUGUCGACCCAAAGGAACUGGCUGAAAAGGCUAAACCAUUAACAUUCCCAGUGUUGGGCACUGAGUUCCUACCACUUUCCGCUCAGCAGGCUUUCCAAACAAAUCAAUUCAACUCAGACAUUGACUUAAUUGCGGGCAUAAACUCAAACGAGGGGUCAUUGCUAUCAGCCCUACUCCUACCCCCGAAAGAUGAGGCACUGACUAUCGAUCACUUCAAACGUGGCGUUCAAGUGGCGGACAAAAUGUUUCAUGAAUUGGACGUUCAAAAAGUGGUCGACUAUUACCUGAAAGGCAUCGACACAAGCAAUUCAUCGGCAAGUGAGGACUGUUUGGUACUAAACAUAUGGACAACUAAUGUGGGAAACAAUAGCUCAUCGAAACAAACAUCUCUAAAACCCGUCAUGUUUUGGAUACAUGGAGGGGGUCUUAGUAUUGGUUCGUGUGAUAUGUAUAACGGCGGUCCACUCGCUACCCAUGACGUGGUGUUUGUGGCCAUAAACUAUAGAUUAGCUCACUUUGGCUUCUUAUACGGGGAUCGGGAGGACGCGCCCGGAAAUCAGGGAUUUUAUGACCAGUUAUUAGCACUCAAAUGGGUGAGGGAAAAUAUUUACGCAUUUGGUGGGGAUAGGGAUCAGAUCACUAUAUUUGGUGAGAGCGCCGGUAGUUGGUCUGUAUCGGCACUCAUACUCUCUCCCCUAUCAAAGGGGUUAUUCAAGAGGGCUAUUAUGCAAAGCGGAGCCCAUUUGUAUAACAAGGACAGGGAUGCUGUCAGUAAAUCCGAAGCCAUAGAAAUAGGCAAAAGUAUAGCAAAAGACUUGGGUUGUAGUGAAUCUGAAGAUUGGGUUCAGUUUUUGAGAAAUGUUGACCCAAAGGAACUGGCUGAAAAGGCUGAACUCAUAACAUUCCCAGUGUUGGGCACUGAGUUCCUACCCCUUUCCGCUCAGCAGGCUUUCCAAACAAAUCAAUUCAACUCAGACAUUGACUUAAUUGCGGGCAUAAACUCAAACGAGGGGUCAAUGCUAUCAGCCCUACUCAUACCCCCGAAAGAUGAGACAGUGACUAUCGAUCACUUCAAACAUGGCGUUCAAGUGGCGGACAAAAUGUAUCAUGAAUUGGACUUUCAAAAAGUGGUCGACUAUUACCUGAAAGGCAUCGACACAAGCAAUUCAUCGGCACUCAGACGAGCCUUUUAUGAGUUUGUCGGUGAUCUCUUCAUGAAAUACCCGACAUAUCUGUUCGCCAAACAAUUUGCUAUAAAUACCCAAAAGAGUGGUAAAAAUGUCUACUUUUAUGAGUUGACACAUCACUGCAAGACAUUCGCUCAGAUGCUUAGAUGUGAUGAUGAGAUGUCGAGUACCGCACACGCCAUGGACUUACCCUUUGUGUUUGGAUGGGGUUUCACACCAGAAAUGGCUCAGAUAUUUAGUGAUACCGACGCCCAGUUCAGUAGAGAUGUCAUGAAAAUGUGGACCAAUUUCGCAAAAUAUGGUAAACCGGACGAUAAAUGGCCGCAACUAUUGAGUCCUAAUAAUGACCCAAAAGUGAAGAAUUUAAAUCCCGACUCAACUCUACCACCAAUGGAUAACCCGUACGAUCGCACUACAUCGGGUGUAGUGAGGGGUCAGACAAUACAAGUGCUCAAUACAAAUGUGUACCAGUUUUUGGGUAUACCUUACGCCGAACCACCGGUGGGUGAACUUAGGUUUGCCAAACCAGAGCCCAUUAAAAAACCAUUUGAGGGCAUAAUAGAUGCCACUAAACCAGGUAACGCAUGUUUGCAAAAAGAGUCAUCAUGGUCAGAGUUGCAAGUUCCCCACCAAAGUGAGGACUGUUUGGUAUUAAACAUAUGGACACCUAAUGUGAGGAACAGUAACUCAUCGAAACCAAUACCACUGAAACCCGUCAUGUUUUUCAUCCACGGCGGGGGUCUUUGGAUGGGUUCGUGUGAUAUUUAUAACGGCGGUCCACUCGCUACCCAUGACGUGGUGUUUGUGGCCAUAAACUAUAGAUUAGCUCACUUUGGCUUCUUAUACGGGGAUCGGGAGGACGCGCCCGGAAAUCAGGGAUUUUAUGACCAGUUAUUGGCCCUUAAAUGGGUGAGAGAUAAUAUUCAUGCGUUUGGUGGGGAUAGGGAUCAGAUCACUAUAUUUGGUGAGAGCGCCGGCGGUUGGUCCGUAUCGGCACACAUAUUGUCUCCCCUAUCAAAGGGUCUGUUUAAGAGGGCUAUUAUGCAAAGUGGGGCCCAUAUGUAUAAUAAGGACAGGGAUGUUAUCACCAAAUCUGAAGCCUUAGAAAUAGGCAAACUUUUUGAGAAAUGUUGGCCCAAAGGAACUGGUGGUUAA